GAGGAGGGCGCUGUUGUUCCCGGGAAACGCCGUUCCAAUGGCAAAUUACCAGACGGACGCGGAGCGAGGAGAUGGUGUCAAAUGCGCUGUUUUGUGUAAGCAGAACAUUUCAAAAGGGGCUUUGAAUCCUGCAGAAGCUGAGUGGCUUCCUGCUGCAGAGUAGAAUAUGGAAAGCACUGAAAGCUGCCCGUGGUGUGAUGUGGCUGAGGUUUUUGUACUAAGGUACAGGAAGGGUUGCAUCUCCUGGAAGAGUGCUUUACCUAGCCCCACUGUUACUAUUCAUAUGCACGUGAGACUUGAAAAUUCUUUGUGAAAAUUAUAUUGUUCCUUUUGAAAGAGGAACAAUUUGGUGGUGAUGGAGUGCUGCCACUGACAGAUGGACUCACAGGAAAGAAGCUCAGAAGAGGCAGAAGGAGCCAAAGAGAGAGGCCUGGUCUAUGUUUGGAAGGCUGGUUCCUGCUCCGUGACUCCAGCAAGGCUUCCAGGCCUCAGUGGAAAGACAGUGUUACAGGCAGCCCUUGGAAUCCACCAUGGGGUACUUCUAACAGAAGGUGGAGAGGUCUACAGUUUUGGAAAGCUGCCCUGGAGAUCACGACCUGAGGAAUGUGUUAACAGUCCUGUCUUAGAAAGUACUUUGCUUGGACAUCGAAUUAUUACGGUGGCAGCCGGCAGCUUCCACAAUGGAGCCGUGACGGAGAGCGGUGUGGUGUACAUGUGGGGGAACAAUUCUGCUGGCCAGUGUGCAGUUGCUAAUCAGCCGUGUGUGCCAGAGCCCCAGCUCGUCAGUAUUUGUGAUUCCGAAACCAGCCCUCUGCUAUCAGUACGGAUUUUGCAACUGGCAUGUGGAGAGGAGCACACGCUGGCGCUAUCGCUGAGCAGAGAGAUAUGGGCCUGGGGGAGUGGCUGCCAGCUCGGGCUCAUAACAACAGCUUUCCCAGUGACAAAGCCACAGAAGGUAGAGCACCUGGCAGGACGUGUUGUGCUCCAGAUUGCUUGUGGAGCCUACCACAGUCUGGCUCUGGUACAAUGCCUCCCUGUGCAGGAAAUGAAGCCUAUCCCAGAGAGAUGCAAUCACUGCAGUCAGCCUCUCAUUACUAUGACAGACAAGGAAGAUCAUGUAAUCAUUUCAGAUAGUCACUGCUGCCCGCUGGGUGUAGCACUGUCUGAUAACCAGCCAGAAAACCACGUUUUCUGUCCGUCAUCAGACGCCCCUGGAGGCAAAAGUGUAACAGCUGGCCAAAGUGAAGACUUUCAGAAACCACUCGUGGAACAGCAUAGGCUUGGAGGUUUAGAAUCUGAUGGACCAAGUGGCCUUUCCAGCACCGGUGGACGGGAAGAUAGUGGAACUUCUGGUUUGGGAAACACUCUGCUCUCAGACAAAAAAGAAGUGAAAGAGUACUUAAUUGGUUUGUCAGAUAACUCAUUAAAUGAGAGCCUGAAUAAAAACAUCUCUACAGAGCCUGAACAGCCAUGUCAAGAGGAACAGCUUGGUGCUUGCAUCCCUGGCCCUCCGGGUAGCAGCACAUCCACCCUGAACAGCCUGGUGGCCUCGUGUGCCUCAGCAGUUGGGGUGAGAGUCGCUGCCACCUACGAGGCUGGAGCCUUGUCCCUGAAGAAAGUCAUGAACUUCUACGGCACGUCUUCGAGUGAGCCAGCGUCGCAGUCGGGCAGCAGGUCCCCGGGGCCCGAAGCUCUGAAGGACAGUCGAGAAGAGCAGGUCAGGCUGGAAUCCAUGCAGGGGAAGAAGAGUUCCAGUUUAGUAGAUAUUAGAGAAGAGGAAUCUGAAGGAGGGAGUCGAAGGCUCUCCCUGCCUGGCUUGUUGUCACAAGUUUCCCCAAGGCUCUUACGGAAGGUAGGACGGGCAAAAAUGAGGACUGUGGCUCUGACUCCAACCUACAGUGGUGAAGCUGAUGCUCUUUUGCCCUCUCUAAGAACAGAGGUGUGGAGCUGGGGGAAGGGCAAGGAAGGACAGCUAGGGCAUGGUGAUGUUCUGCCAAGACUUCAGCCACUGUGUGUGAAAAGCCUUGAUGGUAAGGAAGUGAUUCACCUCUCUGCUGGUGGCCAUCAUUCCUUAGCACUCACUGCCAAAUCCCAGGUGUAUUCCUGGGGCAGUAAUAUCUCUGGCCAGCUUGGUCACUUGAACUCCCCAACAACUGUCCCUCGUCUUGCAAAGGUGUGCGGUGAUGGUAUUUGGACUACAGCAGCAGGACUAGAUUAUUCUCUCUUCUUAGCAGAUGAGAAAGACUUCCAACCUGGAUUAUAUUACUGUGGCCAGGAGACAUCAACAGAAAAUAAUUUGAAUGAAAAUAGCUGUACUAAGAGUCCAAUUUUGUUAGUAGCUUGUAGUAAGAUAGGGUACAUAAGCAAUGUGAUAGCUGGUGGUGACAACUGUCUGGCCUUAGUUGACAAAAACGUGAUGGGAUAUAUUGCCAGUUUGCAUGAGUUGGCUGCUACUGAGAGGAGGUUUUAUUUCAAACUGAGUGAGAUCAAAUCUCAGGUUCUUAGACCUCUUUUAGGUUUAGAUAAUUUGGGCAAUGCAAAUACAAUCCAGUUGUUGCAGGAAAUGGCAAGCAGGUUCAGCAAGCUGUGCUAUCUCAUUGGUCAACAUGGAGCUUCUUUAAGUAGCUUUCUUCAUGGAGUAAAAGAAGCCAGGAGCCUGGCCAUCCUGAAGCAUUCCAGUCUCUUUUUGGAUAGUUACACUGAGUAUUGUACUUCAGUAACAAACUUCCUCGUGAUGGGAGGAUUUACGCUCCUUGCAAAGCCAGCAAUAGACUUCUUGAGUAAAAACCAGGAGCUGUUACAGAAACUGUCUGAGAAGAAUGAGGAAAACCUCCAGCUAGUAGAAGUUUUGAAUGCUCUGUUUUUCAUGCCAUUUGGACGACUUCAUAAUUAUGCCAGAACUUUGCUAAAGCUUGCCACGUGUUUUGAAGUGGCAUCCCCAGAAUACCAGAAGCUGCAGGAUUCCAGUUCAUGUUACGAGAACCUUGCUGUCCAUCUUAGCAGAAAAAUGAAAGAAGCAGAAUACACCCUUGGCUUCUGGAAGACCUUUCCUGGGAAAAUGACGGACUCCUUGCGGAAGCCGGAGCGGCGUUUGAUCUGUGAGAGCAGCAAUCGCGCCUUGUCCCUGCAGCACGCGGGAAGGUUCUCUGUGAACUGGUUCAUCCUCUUCAACGAUGCUCUGGUACAUGCUCAGUUCUCAACACACCAUAUCUUUCCCUUGUCCACAUUGUGGGUAGAAGCUCUUUCAGAAGAAGCUGGUAAUGUGAACGGGUUGAAGAUUACAACACCUGAAGAGCAAUUUGUUCUUGUUUCUUCAACACCACAGGAGAAGACCAAGUGGCUGAGGGCAAUAAGCCAAGCAGUGGAUCAGGCCCUUAGAGGGACUUCUGACAUGAUUCUGUAUGGAGCUGGUGGGAAUGUGCCAAGACAGGAGCCUCCCAUUUCUCGCAGUGCCAAAUACACUUUCUACAAGGACCCUCGAUUCAAGGAUGCUGUUUAUGAUGGGAGGUGGCUUUCAGGAAAACCCCAUGGAAGAGGGAUCCUAAAAUGGGCAGAUGGACGAAUGUACUCUGGGACUUUUCGGACUGGGUUGGAGGAUGGGUAUGGUGAAUACAGAGUGCCUAACAAAGCACUGAAUAAAGAGGACCAUUACGUGGGAUACUGGAAGGAAGGCAAAAUGUGUGGGCAUGGAGUGUACAGCUAUGCUACGGGUGAGGUGUAUGAAGGGUGUUUUCAGGAUAACAUGCGGCACGGGCACGGGCUGCUGCGCAGUGGGAAGCUGACCUCUUCUUCUCCCAGUAUGUUCAUUGGACAGUGGAUAAUGGACAAGAAGAGUGGUUAUGGAGUUUUUGAUGAUAUCACAAGAGGAGAAAAGUAUAUGGGAAUGUGGCAGGAUGAUCUUUGCCAAGGCAAUGGUGUUGUGGUUACUCAGUUUGGACUGUAUUACGAAGGAGCCUUCAGCACCAACAAAAUGAUGGGGACUGGAAUUCUGCUUUCUGAGGAUGACACAGUCUAUGAGGGAGAAUUUUCAGAUAACUGGACUCUGAGUGGAAAGGGAACACUGACCUUGCCAAAUGGAGAUUACAUUGAAGGUCUCUUCAGUGGAGAGUGGGGAUCUGGAAUAAAAAUCACAGGAACCUACUUCAAACCUAGUUUGUAUGAGAAUGAGAAGGACAAGCCUAAAGCACUACCCACUGGUCAUUUUGUUAGGCGGAAACUUGGGAUCCUGGCAGUGUCCCCUGAUGAGAAAUGGAAGGCAGUAUUUGAAGAAUGCUGGAACCAGCUUGGUUGUGAGAGCCCUGGCCAGGGGGACAGAUGGAAGGCUUGGGACAACAUUGCAGUGGCUCUGACCACCAACCGACGGCAGCACAAAGACAGCCCGGAAUUACUGAGCCGCUCACAUACCCAGACACUGGAAAGCUUGGAGUUCAUUCCACAACACAUUGGUGCCUUCACCCUGGAAAAAUAUGAAAAUAUUAAAAAAUAUUUGAUAAAGGCUUGUGAUACUCCUCUCCAUCCCUUGGGCAAGCUGGUGGAAACACUGGUGGCUGUCUACAGAAUGACCUAUGUUGGAGUAGGAGCAAAUCGACGACUGCUGCAGGAGGCUGUAAGGGAGAUCAAGUCCUACCUCAAACGCAUCUUCCAGCUGGUCAGGUUCUUGUUUCCUGAUCUCCCGGAAGAGGGCAGCACAAUUCCAUUUCUGACAACGGAGCCAAAAGGAAGGCGAUCGUUUUGCAGUGGGAAAUCUGAUUCCAGAUCAGAAUCUCCUGAGCCAGGCUAUGUGGUAACCAGUUUUGGCUUGCUGCUGCCUGUAUUACUGCCACGCCUCUAUCCCCCUCUGUUUAUGUUGUAUGCCUUGGACAACGAGCGUGAGGAGGACAUUUACUGGGAAUGUGUUUUACGCCUAAACAAACAAACUGACAUGGCUCUUCUCAGCUUUCUUGGAGUGCAAGCGAAAUUUUGGCCAGGAACUGUGUCCAUCCUUGGAGAGAGUAGAAAGGUGUCAUCAAACACAAAAGAUGCCUGCUUUGCCUCUGCUGUUGAAUGUUUACAGCAAAUCAGUACCACAUUUACCCCAGCUGACAAGCUGAAGGUGAUCCAGCAGACUUUUGAAGAGAUCUCCCAGAGUGUACUUGAGAGCCUUCAGGAGGAUUUUCUGUGGUCCAUGGAUGACUUAUUUCCUGUUUUUCUCUAUGUGGUGCUACGAGCCAGGAUAAGGAAUUUGGGAUCUGAGGUGCACUUAAUCGAAGACCUGAUGGAUCCCUAUCUCCAGCAUGGGGAGCAAGGCAUCAUGUUCACUACCUUGAAGGCAUGUUACUACCAGAUUCAACAUGAAAAGCUUACCUAGACCAUCUUUUACAACCUUCCUCUGUGGGAUAAUCUACUCAGUGGAACUUCACUAAUAACCACUUCUUUCCUGAAAUGGCCCUCAGAAAAUACUUGGUUAUAGUUCUGCUGCUACAGAUUAAAAUAUUCAGUUGUUUAUUCUGAACUCUCGGUUCUAAGAUUCAAAAACUGCAGCCAGAAGCUUUCUGUGAAGUGGUGAUGAAGUUAAAGACUAAGAAGAAAUACUUUCCUAUUCUAACAGAAAGAUUAUUUAUUCCUUUUAAAUUACCGUGCUGCACAAAGGCAUGGCAUCCACAUAGAACACAUGUGAGAGUCUGGACUGCAUGGCUUCCAAAGCAGUGGGUUUGUUUUUAUUAUUCCUGGUUUGUCAGCAGAAUGUUUAAAGGGAAUGAAUUGCACCACAGAACCAUUUGGUCUUCCUGAAUUAAGCUGUAUGUUUGUUUAUUUAAGAAAAUAGAAAUAUGUUAGUAUUUAUAAUGGGUACCUAUAGUGUGUUUGGCUAUUACGGUUUUGAGGCAUCUGUGUUGAACAGCAUUGCUGAAUGCAGUAUCCAUGUGCUGUUGUGGAAAUAAUCACACUGUUACAGACUUCCUAUUUACUAAAAUUGUAAAUACACAGGCAUUUACCAUUCUUUCUGUCUAUGAAAUAAAUAAAAGGCACUGACCACUUCA